AUGUCCGGAUACGACCGAGCUCUUUCAGUGUUUAGCCCGGACGGGCACGUCUUCCAGGUGGAAUAUGCCAUGGAAGCCGUGAAGCGAGGAACCUGCGCGGUCGGCGUAAAAGGCAAGGACAUCGUCGUUCUGGGCUGCGAGAAACGCUCCGCUCUCAAGCUCCAAGACACCCGCAUCACACCGUCGAAGAUCGCCAUGGUGGACGACCACGCCGUGCUGGCGUUUGCCGGACUCAACGCCGACGCCCGCAUUCUCAUCGACAAGGCCCGUCUGGAAGCCCAGUCCCACCGUCUCACUGUCGAAGACCCCGUCUCCAUCGAAUACAUUACCAAGUACAUCGCCGGCGUGCAGCAGCGCUACACACAGAGCGGCGGUGUCCGCCCCUUCGGCAUCAGCACCCUCGUCGUUGGGUUUGACCCCAACGACACCGUGCCGCGGCUUUACCAGACGGAGCCGUCGGGGAUUUAUUCCGCUUGGAAAGCGAAUGCGAUCGGCCGCUCGAGCAAGACCGUUCGCGAAUUCCUCGAACGCAACCACCAGGACGACAUGGACCGCGAACAGACCAUCCAGCUGACCAUCAAGUCGCUGCUGGAGGUGGUGCAGACGGGCGCAAAGAACAUCGAGGUGGCGAUUAUGGCGCCGGGUAAGGCCAUCGAGAUGCUCCCCGAGGACCAGAUCGAGGCCUAUGUCAAGAGCAUAGAGACCGAGAAGCAAGAGGAGGCGGCGAAGAAGAAGACCGGCCGCGGCGGCACCACGACGGCGGCCAUCUUAACGCGGGGCGGUGACGAGGGUCGUGAGUAG